CGUACAUGCUGCUACAUGCUAGCCCUGGAAGAGGGAAUUAGAAGUCUCAAGUAGUUUAUUUGGACUUUUCAUACUCUGUUACUAGUGUUUUUGAUGCAGAUUUCAUUGCUUGGGUUUUGUAUUGGUUUGUCCUUUGGCUGUUUCAUUUUUGAUGGUAGCUUCAAAGAAAUGGCUUGAACAGAAUAUUUUGGACUUUGCUCUGAAACCCAUCAUGCUCACUGGGUGUCUCCUGUCUAUUUUUGAACUCUCGGUGUCUGUGACGGUUGCAUAAGGUUUUGGGAGCACAUCAUUUCUCCUCGACUUUCCAACCAGGAUUCUGCAAUUAAGCUCUGAUCUUCAGUUCAGCUCCUGUGUCAUGGAUGAAACUGCUUUGUCCCUUGGAACAAUAGAUGUUUCCUAUUUAUCCACCUCAGCAGAAUGCAGUAUCAGUAGAUGUAAGCAUUCCAGUGAAGAAUGGGGAGAGUGUAACUCUAGGCCCACUCUCUUCCGAUCUGCUACUUUAAAAUGGAAAGAGACACUAUUGGGCAGAAAAAGGCCUUUUGUGGGACGAUGUUGCUACGUCUGCACUCCCCAAAGCCGGGAUAACUUCUUCAAUGCUAGUAUUCCUUCUUUGGGUCUGCGUAAUGUCAUAUAUAUCAAUGAAACACAUACAAGGUACAGGGGGUGGCUUGCGAGACGCUUUUGUUACGUCCUUUUUGUGCAAGAAAGGGAUGUUCAUAAGGGUAUGUUUGCCAAGAAUCUGACGGAAAAUGUGCUAAAUAACAGCAGAGUCCAGAAGGCCAUUGUAGAUGAAGCUUCUGAACCAAGUACUCCAGGUAGUUUUGUUCAGACAGAUCCUAAAGCUAUCAACAAAGUGAAGAAAAAAGCCAGGAAAAUUCUCCAAGAAAUGGUAGCAAAUGUGUCGCCUGCUUUAAUCAGGUUGACUGGCUGGGUGUUACUGAAGUUGUUUAACAGCUUUUUCUGGAAUAUUCAGAUCCACAGAGGUCAAAUAGAAAUGGUCAAAGCAGCAACAGAGAUGAAUUUGCCUCUUAUCUUUUUGCCUGUUCACAAAUCCCACAUUGACUACCUGCUCCUUACCUUCAUUCUUUUCUGCCAUAACAUCAAAGCACCCUACAUUGCUGCAGGGAACAAUCUCAACAUCCCCAUCUUCAGCACAUUAAUCCGCAAGCUAGGAGGAUUCUUCAUUCGUCGAAAGUUAGAUCAGAGUCCUGAUGGUCGUAAGGACUUCCUCUACAGAGCUUUGCUCUAUGUGCACAUAGAAGAAUUGUUGAGACAGCAGCAGUUUUUAGAAAUAUUCUUGGAAGGCACUCGGUCUCGCAGUGGAAAGACAUCUGGCGCUAGAGCAGGUCUUUUAUCUGUAGUAGUGGAUGCUCUCUUCUCAAAUGCUACUCCUGAUGUCCUAAUUAUACCUGUGGGAAUCUCUUACGAUCGCAUAAUUGAAGGUCACUAUAACAGUGAACAGCUGGGCAAGCCUAAGAAGAAUGAAAGUAUUUGGAGUAUAGCUAGAGGAGUCUUCAGAAUGCUGCGGAAGAACUACGGGUGUGUCAGAGUAGAUUUUGCACAACCGUUUUCCUUAAGAGAAUACGUAAACAGCCAAAGCCAAAAACCUGUGCCUGCGCCUCUUUCUUUGGAACAAGCUUUGUUACCAGCUAUACUUCCAUCAAGACCUAAUGAUACUGUGGAUGAAGGUGCAGAGGCCUCGCUGCCCAACUCCAGGGAUAUCACCAGUGAACCCUUCAGAAGAGAACUAAUAUCCAACUUGGCUGAGCAUAUUUUGUUCACUGCUAACAAGUCCUGUGCUGUGAUGUCUACCCACAUUGUUGCCUGUUUGCUGCUGUACAGACACAGGCAGGGAACUGAUCUUUCCAGGUUGGUAGAAGAUUUCUUCUCUAUGAAGGAGGAGGUCUUAGCCCGUGACUUUGACUUGGGAUUUUCAGGGAACUCAGAUGAUGUUGUCAUGCAUGCCAUCCACUUGCUGGGGAACUGUGUAAAUAUCACAAACACAAGCCGAAACAAUGAGUUCUUCAUCACUCCCAGCACAACGAUACCUGCUGUCUUUGAACUCAACUUCUACAGCAAUGGAGUACUUCAUGUAUUCAUUAAAGAGGCCAUUAUUGCCUGCAGUCUUCAUGCGGUUCAGAGCAGGAGGUACAGAAAUGGUACCAAUGGUGCUUCUCCCAGUUUGAUUAGUCAAGAACACCUGGUCCGAAAAGCUGCCAGCUUGUGUUACUUGCUUUCUAAUGAAUUUACUGUAUCUUUGCCUUGCCAGUUGAUCUAUCAAGUUUGCCACGAAUCCGUGGAAAGGCUCAUUCAAUACGGCAUUCUUCUGGUGGCCGAGCAGGAUGAUCAGGAGGACGUUAGCCCCAGUCUUACAGAACACCAAUGGAAUAAAAAACUCCCUGAGCCAUUAUCUUGGAGAAGUGAUGAGGAAGAUGAAGACAGUGAUUUUGGAGAAGAGCAGAGAGAUUGCUACCUGAAGGUGAGUCAGUCUAAGGAGCACCAGCAGUACAUCACUUUCCUGCAGAGGUUGUUGGGACCUUUACUGGAGGCAUACAGCUCUGUUGUCAUCUUUGUGCACAAUUUUAGUGGUCCUGUUUUAGAGUCUGAAUAUGUUCAAAAGUUACACAGGCACUUAAUAAGCAGGACAGAGAAGAAUGUUGCUGUGUAUGCUGAGAGUGCUACCUACAGUCAUGUGAAAAAUGCAUUGAAAGUCUUUAAGGAAAUCGGGGUUUUCAGUCAGACGACACAAAGAAGAGACACCAUUUUGGAGCUAAGCACUACGUUCCUACCUCAGCGCAACAGGCAAAGACUACUGGAAUUCAUCAUGAGCUUCAUGGUAUUAUAGACCACCUAUAGCACCUUAGUCCAGGGACACGAAGACAGGUUUUGAGACUGUGUCAAAGCCUGGGGACAUUUGCUAAUCCUUCGAAGUGUGAGGUGCCACUCUCUGGGUAAGGCCUUCUCUGACUUGAACUACUGGAAGACAAGUGCCUUCUUACGUAUACAUUUGUGGAUUUCUUACAGUCCCAAUCCUGUUGUAAUUACCGUGAUACUCACAUGACACUUUGGAUACAAGUAAUUAAACACGUUGCAAAAAAUAAGGUAAAUUAUUAAAUUAGACUUAAAAUUAAGAAUAAAGUUCUAUGUGUUAUGUUUUAACUAUACUUUUAAAGACUGUAGCAGAUGCACAAAUACACAUAUUGGUGAUCUGUAGCUAACCCUGAGUUCUUCAGUUUAGUGGCAACACAGAUUAUGGCAUAAACAAAUUAAUUCCAAUUCAGUUUUAAAUAAACGGUUAAAAAUUGCUUAGGCAGGAUAAGUAUUUCAUGGAUAAAGCCAUAGUUUUUCACAAAUGUUAACGUAAAUGCCAAAAUUCUAAUGAGAAUAACAGUUACAGACAUCUGAGAAUAAUGAUCAUGUAGCAGACGAUUGUGAGAAAUGUUGGCAGCAGGCACACCUUGCACUCUUAGAGCAGUGGUAAACUGUACUAAUCACUGCUGCCAUAAAGAAUGCGAGAGCAGCAUUCUUGUUUUUAUUAUGGUGUCUGUCAUUCAGCCAGAUAAAAGUCAGGAGACAGUUGCCUGAAUGUGAAUAUCUUGUAAAAUCUUAGAUUAUUUAAUUGAAAAAAGCUAUUAAGUUUGGGUUUGUGUUGUUUUUAAUCAAUAGGACGUCAGAUUUGUUUUUUAAAAGUGAAGACUUGAUUUGGUGAAAUAAUUGUGGCCCUAAAAAUUUCAGCAAUAACUUCCGCAGUUCUUCGGAAACAAGGGUUCAUAUUGUAUUCUGUUGUUGAGCAGGUCUAAAUUGGCAUGAAGUAGUAACCUUUAGAAACACACAAAUAUCAGAAACAAUGUACUUUUGACUCUGAUCUACAGAGUCCAAACUGACAAAUAAAAUCGUAGACCAAUUUGUGAUGAAUAAAUUCUGUCCUCUGAAACAGGACUCUGGUCUUGUGAUUUGAUCCUUUCACAUGGAGGACUUGCACUGUAGAUUUCAUCUUCAUGUGAGUGGAGAUCAGAUUGCAACUUGUAGUCCUGUAUUUUAGUACAGCUGAUCUAGCUGAAGCAAUAACUUGAUGGUAUGUGAAGCUGGUUUGUUUUGCUUGUGAAAUGUGGUUUUCCUCAUUUAGACUGCGUUCUAUUUUGGGGAAAUCGAACAUUUCGAUUACUGCAGUGUUUCACUUCAUUCUCACAUCCUGGCCUUGUGAACAGAAAAUCCCCCAAACUUCAUCACAUAGUCUCUGUUGCUUAACAUAAAUAUGGAAAAACAUACUUGAAUCCCAGCACUUGCACUGUUAAUGCCAGCACAUGACUGAUGCAGAUAAUUUGAGUUUGUGGCCAAGGAUCUUGCAUUUAUACUGCACAUAUGUCAAAAGGAAUGUUUCUGUAAAUUUUUUUAUUAAAUGCUAUUAAUAUUUUGAA